GUUUGAAGGAGUCCAAGUCCUGCAGCUCUUCCCCACCCGACAGCAACAUGAAGGUCUCAGUGGCUGCCCUCACCGUUCUCCUCAUCGCUGCCUUCUGCUCCCUGGCCUCCUCCGCACCAAUUGGCUCUGACCCCCCGACUGCCUGCUGCUUCUCCUACACAGCCUGGCAGAUCCCCCGCAACUUCGUGAAGGAUUAUUACAGCACCAGCAGCAUGUGCUCCCAGCCGGGCACAGUGUAA